CUGCUAUCUGAACGUGCUCAAACGUCUCACUUAACAUUAAUAGCACGUUCACUACUGAGCCAAAACGAAUUCGACCGUUGCUUCACACGUCCCUCUACAUUCUUCAUUCAAAUUUAUAUUUUCGUGGCAUUCUUGUUUUCAUCAGCAUUUCCCAACACCUCUCGGAAUUUCACGAAACCAUUUCAAAAGCUCUACUUUUCCAUGGCUACCUCACCAAAAGAAACUUCAGCUCCUGGUUCACCCUCUGUACCAUCAUCUCCAUCAUCCACCAAAGCACCAUCAAACCAGGAACGACCUGAAUUCAAUAUCCAGCCCAUACAAAUGAUUCCUGGUUCAGCCCCUGUUCCUGAAAAACUGGUCCCCAAACGACAACAGGGUGUGAAGAUUUCUGAAAACCCUAGCCUUGGAACAAGUCCUAGGGAAGUAGACACGGAGAUGGACGAGAAGAUCCGCAGUAUUGUGAGUAGCAUUUUGAAAAAUGCUUCUGUCCCUGAAGCUGAUGAAGAUGUCCCAACAUCUUCCACCCCAAAUGUUUCUGUGCCUGAUGCUGAUAAAGAUGUUCCAACAUCUUCCACUCCAAAUGCUGAAGCCCUCCCUUCACCCAGUGAAGAGGAAUCAACAGAAGAAGAAGAUCAAGCCACAGAGGAGACCCCUGCACCACGGGCACCAGAACCUUCUCCAGGUGACCUCAUUGACCUUGAAGAAGUAGAAUCUGAUGAGGAACCCAUUGCCAACAGGUUGGCACCAGGCAUUGCAGAAAGGUUACAAAGCAGAAAAGGGAAAACCCCCAUUAAGAGGUCUGGACGAAUCAAAACUAUGGCACAGAAGAAGAGCACUCCAAUCACUCCUACCACAUCCAGACGGAGCAAAGUUGCAAUCUCUUCCAAGAAGAGGAAAGAAAUUUCCUCAUCUGAUUCUGAUUAUGAUGUCGAACUAGAUGUUCCCGACAUCAAGAGGGCCAAGAAAUCAGGGAAAAAGGUGCCUGAAAAUGUCCCUGAUGCACCAUUGGACAACAUUUCAUUCCACUCCAUUGGCAAUGUUGAAAGGUGGAAAUUUGUAUAUCAACGCAGACUUGCCUUAGAAAGAGAACUGGGAAGAGAUGCCUUGGCUUGCAAGGAGAUCAUGGACCUCAUCAAGGCUGCUGGACUACUGAAGACAGUCACCAAGUUGGGAGACUCUUAUGAAAGCCUAGUCAGGGAAUUCAUUGUCAACAUUCCCUCUGACAUAACAAACAGAAAGAGUGAUGAGUAUCAAAAAGUAUUUGUCAGAGGAAAAUGUGUUAGAUUCUCCCCUGCUGUAAUCAACAAAUACCUAGGCAGACCAACAGAUGGAGUGGUGGAUAUUACUGUUUCUGAGCAUCAAAUUGCCAAGGAAAUCACUGCCAAACAGGUCCAGCAUUGGCCAAAGAAAGGGAAGCUUUCUGCAGGGAAGCUGAGUGUGAAGUAUGCAAUUCUGCAUAGGAUUGGCGCUGCAAACUGGGUACCCACCAAUCAUACUUCCACUGUUGCCACAGGUUUGGGUAAAUUUCUGUAUGCUGUUGGAACCAAGUCCAAAUUUAAUUUUGGAAACUAUAUUUUUGAUCAAACUGUUAAGCAUUCAGAAUCUUUUGCUGUCAAAUUACCCAUUGCCUUCCCAACUGUAUUGUGUGGCAUUAUGUUGAAUCAACAUCCCAAUAUCUUAAACAACAUUGACUCUGUGAUGAAGAGAGAAUCUCCUCUAUCCCUGCAUUACAAACUGUUUGAGGGGACACAUGUCCCAGACAUUGUCUCGACAUCAGGGAAAGCUGCUGCUUCAGGUGCUGUGUCCAAGGAUGCUUUGAUUGCUGAACUCAAGGACACAUGCAAGGUGCUGGAAGCAACCAUCAAAGCCACCACAGAGAAGAAAAUGGAGCUGGAACGGCUGAUCAAAAGACUCUCAGACAGUGGCAUUGAUGAUGGUGAAGCAGCUGAGGAAGAAGAAGAAGCAGCUGAGGAAGAAGAAGAAGCAGCUGAUGAAGAGGAAGAUGCAGCAGAGGAUACAGAAUCAGAUGAUGAUGAUUCUGAAGCCACCCCAUGA